AUCUGAGAGGCCUAGGCUGAUGCUGCAAGGACCCGAGCAGAGCUGCAGCCCGGGCUGGGGACCGGCGGGGGAAAGCGCGGCUGGGCCACUGUGAGCCGCUCUGUCUCUCUCCUUCCUAGCUCUGUACCCGCCACUAUGUGGGCUGCCCUGAGGUUAGCCCUGCGGCCGUGCGCCCGCCCUGCUGUCCCCCGGCUGCGCGCCUAUCAUGGGGACUCGGUGGCCUCGCUGGGCACCAAACCGGACUCGAGCUCUGCCAUCUACCAGGAGAAUUACGAGCAGAUGAAAGCAUUAGUAAAUCAACUACAUGAACGAGCAGAGUACAUAAGACUAGGAGGUGGUGAGAAAGCCCGAGAACGGCAUGUUUCGAGAGGAAAACUGUUACCCAGAGAAAGAAUCGACAGUCUUGUAGACCCUGGAUCUCCAUUUCUAGAAUUAUCCCAGUUUGCAGGUUACCAGUUAUAUGGCAACGAAGAGGUCCCUGCAGGUGGCAUUAUUACGGGCAUUGGAAGAGUGUCAGGAGUAGAAUGCAUGAUUGUUGCCAAUGAUGCCACCGUCAAAGGAGGCUGCUACUACCCAGUGACUGUGAAAAAACAUUUACGGGCACAAGAAAUUGCAAUGCAGAAUAGGCUCCCUUGCAUCUACCUGGUUGAUUCAGGAGGGGCAAAUUUACCUCGACAAGCAGGUGUGUUUCCAGAUCGAGAUCACUUUGGCCGUGUAUUCUAUAACCAGGCAAAUAUGUCUUCUAAACAUAUUACACAGAUAGCGGUGGUCAUGGGCUCGUGCACAGCAGGAGGGGCUUACGUGCCUGCACUGGCUGACGAAAACAUCAUCGUAGGCAAGCAGGGGACCAUCUUCUUGGGAGGACCCCCCUUGGUUAAAGCAGCAAUUGGAGAAGAGGUAUCUGCUGAGGAUCUGGGAGGUGCUGAUCUUCACUGCAGAAAGUCUGGAGUAACUGACCACUAUGCAUUGGAUGACCAUCAUGCCCUUCAUUUAACUAGGAAGAUCGUGAGGAAUCUUAAUUAUCAAAAGAAACUGGAUGUUACCGUUGAACCGCCUGAAGAUCCUUUAUUUCCUGCUGACGAAUUGUAUGGAAUAGUUGGUACUAACCUGAAGAGGACCUUUGAUGUUCGUGAGGUCAUUGCUAGAAUCGUGGAUGGAAGCAGAUUCAAUGAGUUCAAAGCCUUAUAUGGAGACACGUUAGUCACAGGAUUUGCUCGAAUAUAUGGAUACCCAAUAGGUAUCAUUGGAAACAAUGGAGUUCUCUUCUCUGAAUCUGCAAAAAAGGGUGCUCACUUCAUCCAGUUAUGCUGCCAAAGAAAUAUUCCUCUGCUGUUCCUUCAAAACAUUACUGGGUUUAUGGUUGGUAGAGACUAUGAAGCUGAAGGAAUCGCCAAGGAUGGUGCCAAGAUGGUGACUGCCGUAGCCUGUGCCAAAGUGCCCAAGAUAACCAUCAUCAUUGGGGGGUCAUAUGGGGCUGGAAACUAUGGGAUGUGUGGCAGAGCGUUCAGCCCAAGGUUUCUCUACCUCUGGCCAAAUGCUCGCAUCUCAGUGAUGGGAGGAGAGCAGGCAGCCAAUGUGUUAGCCACAGUAGCAAAGGACCAAAGAGCACGGGAAGGAAAACAGUUCUCCAGUGCUGAUGAAGCAGCUUUAAAAGAGCCCAUCAUGAAGAGGUUCGAAGAGGAAGGAAACCCUUACUAUUCCAGUGCAAGGCUGUGGGACGAUGGGAUCCUUGACCCAGUGGACACCAGACUGGUCCUGGGUCUCAGUAUCAGUGCAGCCCUCAAUGCUCCGAUACAGAAGACUGACUUCGGUGUCAUGAGGAUGUAACUGGAAUGUAAAAUGUUUUCUGUUGGACAUGUACCAAAAAUUAAGACGUGUAGUAGCCUUAAAAUGUUAGACUUUUUGAACAUGUGGCUAUUAUGGUAAUUUUUUUUUAAGCACAGUACCUUGUACUUCUCUACCUUAAAAAAAUCAGGAUAUUAAUUGAUCAGUUCCUUUCAAAAUUUUUUAGAGAAAUUUCUCCGUGGUUCAGUUUUACCAACUGUAAAAUGAAGAGAAUAAUUUACAGUUCUCCUUUGUAACCUACAGUAGUAUGGGAAGUUCUGUAAUCUGUAAAUUCAGGUUAUUAAUCAAAUAAUGUAUUUUCACUGAAAUGAUUGUUUUGCCAAUUAGCUUGCUGAUAUUUUAACAGAGCUAUUUUUAAAAAGUGUCUAUUACUUUUCCCUUUCGCCACCAUUCUAUCUCCUCCCCACAAUAGUCAAAUUUCUCAUUACCUGCGUUCUAGCUCUAUGUUCUAAACCAUUUCCUCACCCAGCCCCUUUCUGGCUUUGCUGAUGGCUCUCUCCAAUAUCUCCAUUGACUGUCUUGUUGCUAAAACCAGUGGUUUCUUUUCUAACCUUAUCCGAUUAAACUCUGUAGCAUUCUGAUCAGUUAAAUGCUUCCUCCCUAAAAUGCUGUCCUUAGCUUCCAGGACUUACCACUCUGGGUUUUCCACCAACCUCUGUGACUGUUCUUUUUUUAGUCACCUUUGUAGACUUGUGAUCCUUCCCCAUUUCAUCAUUUGUCUUGAUUUUCAUUAGUAAUACACGAACACAUUGUUAUUCUAAAAGAUACAAAAAGUGUCUCUAAAAAUCAUGGUAAGACACACAGAGCAUAACAUAUAUCAUUUUAACCACUUUUUUUUUUGAGAUUGGGUUUUCUUCUAUUACUCAGGCUGGGUAGUGUGGUGUCAUCAUAGCUCACUACAGCCUUGAACUCCUGGACUCAAUCCUGCCACUCAGCCUCUUGUGUAGCUAGGACUAAGGUGUGUGCCACCACACCUAGCUAAUUAAAAAAAAAUUAUUUUUAGAGAUGGGAUCUCACUAUAUUGCCCAGGCUUGUCCUGAAUUCCUGGCCUCAAGUGAUCCCCCUGCAUAGACUGAGAUUACAGGUGUGAGCCAUUGCAUCUAGCCUUCAACCUUUUUAAUUUUUUUAAUAUUAAUUUUUUUAGUUUGUUUUUUUUAAUUCUUCAACCUUUUUUAAAUGUUCCGUUGAGUGGUUUUAAGCACACUUCUGUUGUGCAACCAUUACCAACAUCCUUCUCCAGAACUUGUUCUUUGUCCCAAACUGAAAUUUUAUAAACAUUAAACAAUAAUAACUCCAGUUUUCUCCCCUCGCCCUUAUCCCUGGCACAUCUCCUUAUUCUUAAAUGUACGUAUCUGUCCUGAUUUGAUUUAUUCCUGCUGGACCAUUUCUGCCCCUCUCGUGGGUUCAGUUGCCAUCUAAAUGCAGGUGAUUCCUACAUUGACAGUUUCUAACGCAGUUCACUGAGCUCCAGGCCUGUGUAUUUCACAGGUCUACUGAACGUCCACACUGAUUGUCUCAGUGGAUCCUCAAACUCAGUCAUCAGGAUAUGUUGAUUUUGCCAUCUAACUAUCUUGUUUCCUCACUUUUGUCUUUCACUAUCACAGGCCUUAGAAGUUGUCUACCUGUGUUACCUAGUCCAGUCUGUCCAUCUGGAGGUAGAAUGGCCAUCCUGAAGUGCACAUUUGGUCCCAUUAGUCUCUCACUUAACAUCCUUCAGUGGUUUCUUAUAGAAGAAGUGCCAAUCCAUUAAUGCUGGCCAUGAUCUUGAUUGUUACUUCUUUUUUUUUUUCUUUUUGUCACUUCUUUUUUUUUUUUUGAGACACACUCUCACUCUGUUACCCAGGCUAGAGUGCCAUGGCGUCAGCCUAGCUCAUAGCAACUUCAAACUCCUGGUUCAAAGCCAUCCUCCUGCUUCAUCCUCCCGAGUAGCUGGCACUGUAGGUGUCUGCCACAACGCCUGGCUAUUUUUUUCCUAUUUAGUAGAGACAGGGUUUCCCUCUUGCUCAGGCUGGUCUUGAAAUCCUGAGCUCAAGGAAUCCUCUUGCCUCGGCCUCCUAGAGAUCUAGGAUUACAGGUGUGAGGCUCUGUGCCCAGCCAAUUGUCACUUCUUUAGUCUCUGUGCUGCCUCUUUUCACAGGAGAGUGGCUCUAGCCAUGCUGGCCCUCUUCCAGUUCUCUAAAACUUGCCACCUUCGCGUCUAUAAGGUCCCCUCUGCCUGAACUGUUCUCUCCUUUCUUCUUCAAUACUUCUCCUUCAGCUUAAGCACUCGCUUCUCUCAGUUUAAACUCCGCUUCCCUACAUGUAUCUCUGUGACUUUCCUGGACUGAGUUAGCUUCCCUAGUAACUGCACUUAUGACACGCUGUCUGCUUCCUCAAUUACAAGCAUUAUUUUACUAUAAACAUUUCUUUGGUAUUGCCCUCCUGCUUGAAUGUAAGUUCCAGGAGAGUUAGGAUCCUCCUGUUUACCCUCUGUCUCCAAUGCCUGGCACUUGUUGGUGCUCAAUUAUUUGUCAAAUGAGUGAAAAAAUCCAGAUUGUGAUUGAUGUCAUCAGGUCACAUAGUUUUAAAAUGAGAUGAUUAUAUGAUCUUAUACAACUAUCAGAUGUUUUCGUAAUAAAAUUAAUAUUUCAAACA